UACACAUAAGUGAGGAAAGCCCGUCUACAUCUUUCUUGCAUGACGAAGAUGAAACGAUGGUAGACGAAGCAAUUCUUAAUAGACUUACACUUCGGAGAACUUGGGAAAGCAGUCCGCACCCGUACCUGUUUUUCAACUCAGAUCACUUCACAUUCACGUUUUUGGGCUUUUUCAUUGAUAAAACCACUGGUAAUUUGAUUGACCUACAGACUUCACGCGUGCUUGAACAAGCUAUUAUGGCGCCGAAUCUAUACGAUGCCCUUGAUAGAAACAGAGUUCCUCUCCAAGAAAACUUUGAUAAUCUGCAACGAGACCAGAAGAUAUUGAAAUUGUGCAAUGUUAUGGGUAUCGGAGUACCACAUGAUCCAGACAGUACCUAUGAGCUAACAACGGACAAUGUCAAGAAAAUAUUGGCGAUCUAUAUGAGAUUUAGAAGUGACAUUCCUGUUGUUAUAAUGGGUGAAACCGGAUGUGGUAAAACACGACUGGUCAAGUUCAUGUGUGCCCUGCAGUGUCCACCAGGAGUAAACGUCAACAAUAUGAUUCUGAUGAAGGUGCAUGGUGGAACAAUUAAAGAAGAUAUUAAACGAAGUAUCACGAAAGCGGAAGAACAAGCCAGACAAAACGCUCGAAUAAUGGCUGAAUACAAAACGAAGAUAUACACUGUAUUAUUCUUUGAUGAAGCGAAUACCACGGAGGCGAUUGGACUCAUUAAAGAGGUCAUGUGUGACAAAUCUAUUUGUGGUGAACCACUGAAGUUCUACGAGAACCUAAAAGUUGUAGCAGCCUGUAACCCAUACAGAAAGUAUGUUGAAAAAGUAUUAACCUUAGAAAAUUCUGGCUUUGUGGUUUUCUUGUUUAUUUAA